UGCUACGUGUUCACUGUUCAUCAUACAUAGUAGUGUAGUCGUUUUAUUUAGUAGCAUUGGUAGCUUAGUAAACUUCAAAAUGGAUGGAGUGAUUGAUGAAGUAUUGGCGCAAUCUAAUGAAAGUCUUGCGGAAAAUGAAAAUUCAACAUCAACAAGAAUACCUUCAACACCAGAAGGAAUGGCUCUAGCAUACGGUAGUCUCAUAAUAAUGGCAAUAUUGCCGAUUUUUUUCGGUAGUUACCGAUCUGUAAAGCACCAUAAGGAACAAAAGAAAGCAUUUGAAGCUGGAGGUGAAAAACCAGAAACUAUGUCACAAAAAGAUGCUGCAAUGUUCCCUUUAAUUUCCAGUGUUGCGCUUUUUGGAUUGUACAUUUUUUUCCAGAUAUUUUCCAAAGAGUAUAUCAAUCUGUUAUUGACAGGAUAUUUCUUUUUUCUUGGAAUACUGGCACUUUGCCAUUUAACGAGCCCCAUCAUCUCGUCCUUAGUACCAGCUGCAAUACCAAAAACACCAUAUCAUAUCCAUUUUACUGAAGGUGAAGGAGAUAAGCUUGAGAGUAUUAUUGAUUAUAAAUUUAAUCUUCAUGAUAUUGUGUGUUUAAUCUGUUGUUCUAUGAUUGGAGCUUGGUACCUCUUUCAAAAACAUUGGAUUGCUAACAAUCUCUUCGGUAUAGCGUUUGCUAUCAAUGCAGUAGAAUUAUUACAUCUCAAUAAUAUUGUCACUGGAUGUAUUUUAUUAGGUGGUCUUUUUGUAUAUGACAUUUUUUGGGUAUUUGGAACAAAUGUAAUGGUAACUGUGGCGAAAUCCUUUGAAGCUCCUAUUAAACUAGUAUUUCCUCAAGACAUGUUAGAACAAGGGUUUAGCGCUAAAAACUUUGCCAUGUUAGGCCUAGGUGAUAUUGUCGUUCCUGGUAUUUUUAUAGCGCUACUACUCAGAUUUGACCAUAGCUUGAGUCGAAGAUCCAACACUUACUUUUAUUCAACAUUCUUUGCCUAUUUUAUGGGAUUACUUACAACAAUGCUAAUCAUGCAUUUAUUUAAUCAUGCACAACCAGCGCUUCUGUACUUGGUACCUGCCUGUUUAGGAACUCCUUUACUGGUCGCAUUAAUCAAAGGAGACAUCAAAACACUUUUUCUAUAUGAAGAUCAUCCAUCUAAUCCUACAAAUGAUGAAAAAAUUGUCACCCCGUUAAUUGAAAACUCCACUCAGUUAGACAAAUCUAAAAGAAAAGGAAAAGUUAUCGCAAAAACCGCUGAAGAUAACGAUAGCCAAGUUUGUAUGAAGAAAGAUCAAUAAAUAUUUAGUAUAUUUAAUUUAUAGAGAAAUAAAUUAUUGCGAGUAUUAGAUGAGAAUUGGUUUCAUUGAAUUAUUAAGACGAAUUUAUUCUUAAUUUAAACAACAUAUUCCAAAUAUUUGGUUUUAUAAUUUUAUUUCUGCAUUUUUUAUGGCUUUUAUAAAACUAGUCAAUGAUGACAAUAUCAACGAAAAUUUCAAUAAGUAAAAGUAGAAGAAAAAGCAAAAUGAUUUUGUUUCACGUGGAGAAAAAAAUAUCAGAAUGACAAUCUAACGUAUUUUUAAACUUUUAACUUCUGAAUGAGGUAAUAUUAGUAUAAUGAUUUAUUUCUGCCACUGUGGAAAUCUGUGUGAUGACCUCAACUACCGAAUAGAUUGAGAUCGUUUAACAAAAAUCGCUGAGUUUGUGUAAUCACGUACUCGAAUUAUUGCGGUCCCAUUGACAACCAUAAUAUAUUACUUAUGUUGGCAUGGUUUUAAGAUUACUAUUAUGUAUGAGUGAGUAGAAAUUGAAUUGUUAGAGAGAAUUUAUAUGCUUUAAUUUUUAUAUUUUUUUAGAAUGAAUAUUACUUAUCUGCCUAAUAAAAUUUUACUAUUUCAUUCAUUUACACUAUUAUUUAACCCGUAAGUGACUGUAUUAUUCUUAUUUUACUUAUAAAAUAGUAAAUCAGUAAUCAUUGUAUAUGAGUGAAAACUUUGUGUAGCGAAAUAGAUUAUAAAAUCUAUCACUAAAAAAUACGACUAUAUUGCGUAUGGCCGAAAAUUUCAAUGUAUAUAGUCACUCUGACAAUAUUAUUCUCUCCAUGUCGAAGAAAUAACAGAGACUCAAUCUUAAUAAAAAAUUCUUCAUAUUCGUACAAAUUUAUGAAGCAUAAAUAAAUUAUUUACUUUCUAUUA